AUUACUUCAACUCUCCAGGCGUGUCCAAAAGUCCAACUGAACGAUCUACAAUGUUCAUUCACCACACACUGUGAGGCUUCGUCAGUAAGAUAUACCUUUCAGACAUCGUGAUGAAGAUAAUAGUCAUCUUGGUGGUUGCGAGUUUUUGCCGAGGGAAGCAGCAUGUUUGUAAUGUGUAUUUUGACAAACAACAUGACGGCAUGUUUGCCGAUUGCAAAGGGAGACAACUCCGCCAUUUUGCAAACGACCUCCCAUAUAACAUAACUGCUCUUGACAUUAGUGAAAAUAAACUGGAGAGUCUGAUUAAUGGAACGUUUAACAAUUUUCCAAAUCUUACGUAUGUGAAUCUGAAUGCAAACUUGCUAACAAACCUAGAAUCUGGUGUGUUCAAGGGUUUGUAUAAUCUGACCACUCUGCUUCUUGCCAAGAACAAGCUGAAACAUGCCUUCCCAAAAGGCAUUUUCAGUGACCUCGGAAAUUUGCAAACAUUAAACCUUGAACAAAAUGAAAUGAGGUCCUAUCCGGAUUGGGCGUUUCCUCCUUUGACCAAGCUCCACAGCUUGUACAUGGACUCAGUUCCGGUUCCUGUGUUUGGUCCUGGCUUCUCCUCACUAGCAAAUCUGAGAGUACUGCAAAUGGAUUCAACUUUUCUUUAUGGGGGUGAUUGUUCCAUAAAUAAGCUUACAAAUCAAACAUUUCAAAGUUUAAAGGGGAUCGAGCUGGAGGUUUUAAUUUUGAAUUAUUGUUAUGGUUUAAACGACUGUGAAAAGGGAGUACUCGAGCCUUUGAUGUUCCUGAAACAUUUGGAAAUGUCAAGUAAUAGGAUAGGUCUUCAAAAUAGUUUGCAACUUCUCCAUCCCCUUGUCGGCAGAAACAUGAGUCGAAUUUGGUUCAAUAGGACAGUUUCCCCCCACAGCCACUAUAAGCAAGACAUCGAUGAUCGUAUACUUACUGCUAAAAGCACAGAAUAUUUGACUAAAAUAUGUGUAGAGGAGUUAUCAUUGAGGCACAAUCAGAUUAUCUUGGUAGAGUCCGGUUCCAUUAAUAAACAACCUUUACGAGAUUGUAUUGAAGUUCUUGACAUGUCCAAAAACAAUAUAGUUGGCGACGGUAGUAUUUUUUUAAUGUUUCCGAUAUUUCAAAGGCUCAGAUAUCUGGAUAUCAGCUACCAGCGCCAAGAAUAUGCCUUACCAGAAUCUCAACUUUUAAGUCGACCAAAUAAUGUGACAAUUAAUUUUCCACAUAAUUUCACAUAUUUCGACGCAACAUUGAUAGCAUAUGCCCAUUUUUCUUCCCCUGUUAUCACUUUGUUAAAUACAAACAAUCUGGAGACCUUCCGAAUAGGUUAUAACAACUUAAACGGCUUGAACCAUAUUAGGGGGUUGGAAAAUGUCAAAAAUGUCUAUCUGUCAGGAAGCGAAUUUGGCACAGUCACUGACUCCUUUUUCUAUUCCUUCUUAAACGCCCGGAAGCUAUCAUUAGGAAACUGCAACUUACAAUUUGUUAAAAGAUCUGGGAACAGUUCUUCUAACAUACUGAAUGGUCUACGGGCUGUGGAGUACUUGGACCUUUCUUCAAAUAAUCUCAGAUAUUUUCCGGUGUUGCCCAAUGCUGGUAAAAUUGUUCAUGUAAACUUAUCUCACAACUCAAUUGACACUGUAUCCAUUGGAGAAAAUACUUACAAAAGCCUUGCUCUUCUGGACAUGUCGUUCAAUUUAAUAGGACAACUGAGUAAAGAAACUCGAUCCCAACUGGACAUUGCUUCUAUAAGGACCAGCCUUAAACUUAAAGUUGAAGGAAAUAUCUUUUCGUGUGGAUGUGAAAAUCUGGACUUCAUUCUGUGGUUGAUGGAUACGUCAGCUAUUUACGAAUCUGACAGAGACUUCCCUUGCAUUCAGGACAAUGGCACAAUGACAGGAACAAUUGAAGUGGCCAAGAAUCAAUUAAAUAUUCAUCGCCACUGUACUGGCAAGUUACUCCUUAGCCUAACUGUCACAUGUAUGAUUGUGGUGUUGACUUCUAUCUUCAUAGCCUAUGUCAUAUCAAAGAAUCCUACAAGGUAUCGGAACAUUGUCAUCAGAAUGUUUGGGUUUGGUGUAGAAUAUGUUACCCCCAAACAAUUUGAAUUCACCUUCUAUGUUGGAUACUGUGGUAAUGAUGUUCCUUUUGUAUACCGGAUACUGAGACCAGGACUGGAACUUUGUUUUCGACCUGUGCGCCUCUUUCUGAAAGACAGAGAAGUACUUCCGGGUAAAGACAUUGCUGAAGGUAUCAUUGAAGGCGUGAACGGUAGCUGGAAGACAAUCCUGGUCAUAUCACCUGACUUCCUGAAAGACUCUUGGACACACUUCACAAUAACCUCAGCUGUGUAUGCCAUGUCGGAUGUGAUUCCUAAGCGCAUAAUUGUCCUCCUUGUGGGAGACGUCCUCGUAAAGGACCUACCGGAUUGUCUCCUGAAUAUGGUAGAGGAGGACUGCAUCCUUCGUGUGAAAGAUUACAUGGAGGAGGAGGGGGAGGAGGAGGGGACGUUGUGUGGACUUCUGAGAAAUGUUGCUGGAUUGUAAAUGGCCAUCAAAUGUAUAAAAUAUAGUCAUUUGAGGUCAUAUCGGUGACAAUAACUUGUCAUCUUAUACAUGCUGGAGGUGGGUUAUCAGAUUUUGUGUAUUUUAUUGUUUAUCAGUAAUUUGGUGAUUUGGUGGAUGCUCAUUGCAUUAUAUUUGAACAGUGAUCAGUCGUCAGUAAGUUACUCUAAUUUGAUGCUAGUAUGGUGUGUAAACUUCCGGUUGGUUUACCACAGAAGAUGAUAGUAUGUUAUGGAAACUUCUUUAAUGUUCUACUGCCGAUUGACGAGUGAGGGCACUGUUUUGAACAUCUACAGUGGCAGGGUAGGUUGUAUAUAUAGGGACAAGAGCGUGUUCACAUAUCUCUCAAACAUUUUCAUCACGUCAAGACCAAAUUUCAUGCGAGGAUCGCUCAUCGUCCCUGAUUCUCUGCCUAGCCCAUCACUGAAGCUGAACCACUGUCGCCCCUGGGGGAAUAUAAAUUAUUAUCACUGACUUUUGCUAUCACCACUGUAAUUUUGUACUGUGAUACAGACCACUGCCAUUAUAUUAUAUAUUGCCAUUGAAUAUUGUACUACCACUGUAUUGUUUACUGCCACUGUAACUGCUGUGCAGUAAUUUAUAUCAAUUUG